AGCUAUAAUGAAACCCUAGCCCCCAUCAGAACCUUGCAAUCAUCAUCCAUGAGCUCUCCUCCUUGUGAUCAUUCAACCUCCAUGAGCUCUCCUUCUUACGAUCAUCAUUGUCACCGGUGCGUGCCAGUCCAAUGUUGGCAUCACCGGAUUUUACCCAAGGUCACCAUCCAAGCUUGCCGACAUUCCUCCCUUCAAUUGUGUUUGAAGGAACUUCUGGAUUUGACAACAAGAAUACUACGGUCCAAUUCACUGGAGAGGUGGGAGAUGGCAGAAGAUCCUGCAGAAGAAGAACAAGUUGGUGUUCCAUUUUUCGAUGAGAGUGUGGAAGAUGACACCAACAACAUAGUAGCCGUGCAACCAAUGGAUGAAUGGACCCAAUUUAGACAAGAGACGGCCAAAGAUAUGUUUAACACAUGGCAAGCAAGUUGGUAUAGUUAAUGGAUAGUUAUGUACUCAACACUUUAUCUGUUGCUUUUCCCUUUGGAUUGUUAGAUCGUUAUGUACUAUUUGGUUAGACAGUACUAAUUUGCAUGUGAAACUGAUUACAUUUUUCUUGAGAAUAUUGGUUUUGUGUUGAAUUGUUUGUGAUUUGGUUGAAGGAAAUCAUAUAUAGUAUAUAUGAAUUGUGGAAA